CCGUACCGUAGUCGCCCAACGUUGUUGUGGUCAGUCGGUUUUGCGGUGCAGAAGCGUUUCGUCCGGCAUUAGCACCAAAGCUUUUCUUCGUAAAAAAGUAACGCUUGUAUUUUAAGCUUGAAGCAAGCUCUUGGUUUUGUGGUUUGACAAUACGCGUAACAAACGAGAGUGUGAAGUGUGUUAAUUUUUUUCGCACAAGUGUCGCAAAUCUUCGAUUCGAGAUGUCUGGAGGCAAGUGUCGCAACUGUGGGUCCACUGAUAUUGAAACUGAUCCAGCGCGAGGUGACGCUGUCUGUACACAAUGUGGGUCUGUAUUAGAAGAUCAGUUAAUUGUCAGCGAAACAGCAUUCGAAGAGACUUCCACAGGGAAUAUCAUGCUGGCCCAGUUUGUUGCCAGUGACAGUGCUGGUGGUGCUACUAGCUUUGGUGCAGCUUAUCAUGUGAGCGGCAAAGAAUCAAGGGAAGUCACUAUUCAAAAUGCCAGAAAGGGCAUAACGCAUCUCUGCACUCAACUCAGAUUAAACCAACAUUGCGUCGACACUGCUGUAAAUUUUUACAAGAUGGCAUUGAGUCGUCACUUGACUAGAGGUAGGAAGCAAGAACACAAUCAUGCGGCAUGUGUCUAUAUCACAUGUCGUACAGAGGGGACUGCACAUAUGCUGAUCGAUAUCAGUGAUGUGCUGCAGAUUUGUGUUUAUGAGCUAGGACGGACGUAUUUGAGGUUCACUCAAGCAUUGUGCAUCAACAUUCCUUCAAUGGAUCCGUGUCUCUAUAUAAUGCGGUUUGCUAACAAACUAGAGUUUGGAGAUAAAAGCCACGAAGUAUCAAUGACGGCUCUCAGGGUCGUGCAGAGGAUGAAAAGAGACAGUAUUCAUAGCGGUCGAAGACCUUCCGGUUUAUGCGGGGCCGCUCUGUUGAUGGCUGCCCGAUUACACGAGUUCAAUAGAUCGCCCGGUGACAUAAUAAAAAUAGUUAAAGUCCACGAGUCAACGUUACGAAAAAGAUUGAUAGAAUUUGGAGACACACCGUCUAGUGCGUUGACACUUGAAGAAUUUAUGACUGUUGAUUUAGAAGAAGAACAAGAUCCACCUGCUUUCAAAGCUGCGAGAAAAAAAGAUCGGGAACGUUUACAAAAAUUGGAAAGUAUGUGCAGCGAAUUCAAUGACCUUCAGAAUGAGAUUGACAAACAGCUUGAGGAACACAAAUCAGCUAAAGGAAGACGAAGAAAAGACGUACGUAUCGCCGAAGAAGAGCUGGACGCUGAUAGAUUUAUAACAGAGAGUAACUUGAACAUAAUACAAGACUGCAUGCACGAAAACAACAAAAGUCCCGGAAGUGUUAAUGACGACCCCGAGGAAUCCGCCCACCUAGAUGCCGCCUCUCGGACAAACCAUCGUUGUUCGGGAUCCUUGGCAACAGGUCUAGGUCCGGAUAUAGCGUCUAUGGGACUGGCAUCGUCCUUGAAUGACCGAGGCAACGCUACGAAAGAAAAGGUCGCAUCGAUAUACGAAAACAAUUCAUUGGAAAUUGACAUGUCUGGUAUCGACGAUGAUGAACUGGAUAGCUACAUAAUGUCGGAAAGAGAAUCAAAGUACAAAGACUCUUUGUGGAACAAGGUUAAUGCCGAAUAUCUGGAACAACAAAAAGAAAAGGAAGAGAAGCGGCAGAAAGAAAAAGACGAAGGAAAACCAGAGAAAAAGCGAAGACGAACAGCACCACGUAGAAAUAAAAAUCAAGGUCCAGCUAAUACUGCGGGUGAAGCGAUUGAGAAAAUGUUGCAAGAAAAACGUAUUUCUUCUAAAAUAAAUUACGAAGUACUCAAGAGUUUGAGUGUUGCAACAUUACCAGCAAAUACGGAACAACGCAACAAUCAAGAGAUGGUCUCAAAAGUGUCUGCAUCAUCGAAAGAUUUAGAUUCGCUUACAGUUUCUAGUCUGAGCCCAGGAGGCAAGACAUCAACUAUGAACACUGAAGAAAUAUCUAGUAGGCAGUCCCGAAAGAUGCAAGGACCUAAAGUAAACACGAAACGUUCACGAAAAGAGUUCGAAUUUGGACUUCCUUUGGCUCCCAAAGAAAUUGCUGCUGACGAGGACUCUCAGAAAAAUGAAGAAGCGUUUACAUUAACAUCAACUGAGCCCGAGGCUACUCCAGAUGCCGUUGGAGAAAAUGAGGAUUACGUGGAUGAAGAGGCGGAUGCUGAAGUCGACGCUGACGCCAAUGAAUUGUCUGUUGGUCAAAUGUUGGGACGAUAUACUGGAAAUGACGACUAUGAGUACGGAUACGAGGACGAAGACUACUAAAAUUCCUGUCCACCAUAUCAUCUAUUUGACUUGGUAGAUGGUAAAAGAACUGAAGGAGAAUAUCUGCGCGGUUCCGUUGACUACCACAUGUGAGCCCAUUCCGCAUAAGCGGUGAAUUAUCACAAGAGGUGGAGUGAAAAUGUAUAGCUUAUAGCGGCGGUCGGCAGCAGUUUAGUAGACUGAAAUCCAGGACUGAGUGAACGCUAUUAAAUCUACUGUUGCGUAUGUUAGGUCAGUGCGAUGCUUCAUUGGUAUCUUUAUCAUUUAUUCGUCGAGAUGUGUUCACAUCAACAGUUAUCUUUAAUAAAGCACGAGUUGUGAGAAGUGAGAAGUGAGAAUUACCACGCGUGUGCGUGUACUGCCUACAGAAAUGACCAUGGAACGCAAUUAAUAUUAAUUUAUACGUGUUUUUAUGUAUUGUAAAUUAAAUGUAGUCGACAGACGAUAAUUUUAUCAAGUUGAGGUUUUCCCGUCAAGCUGGCACAGGACAUCACAGAGAUAAUGAAGUAGGUACUUACUUUUAGUUAGUACAAUCUGUCUCAAUAAUAAAUAUUAUUAAUAGUUCUUUCGAGGUCCUCAUCCUUUGCGGUAACUCACAAGCAUUUACGCAUGAAAACAUGUCACUUCCUAUUUUGCAUAAAACCUUAUCUGUGGUGUUAUUUUAUCAGAAGUAUUUUUUAUCGUAUAAUGUCUACACGCCCCUAUGGUACGAUAAAGUAGUGUCUAUUGCGUUCACUGCUCACAAAAAAAUAACUGCAAACAGUUUGCGGUCAUCAACUACCGAUUUAGUUAGGUCUAUUUGUUCUUUACGUGUGUAGAUAAUUAUAAAAGUGCCGUUUAAUGUGAAACAUCGGAAUGCGUGUUGAUUUAAGAAUUUUAGAAUGCAUCUGAUAUAUCCAUAUCCAUAUCGGGGUCGAAUCUCGGAAAGGAUUUUUGGGUACAGUAGCAUUCGAUUUUUCGAGCUGUGACACACAUGCUGAUGAAAAGCAAGUUUCAAGCUUUGAAAAUCCAGCACGGGCAUAACUGCGUAGUAUCAUUUACUACUAACUUCGACACAAUUCAAAUUUUGCUGGUUAUCAGUGAUACUGAUAUACCAAUUAAAUAACACUGAUCUCAUACAUACUAUUUAAUCUCCUAUUUGGUUGCUUUCUAUCUCUUACAAGUUGUUGUAAAAACUUGACAAAAUGUACCUAAUAAACGUCACUCUCUCUUUC